GCCCCUCCCUUGUGUUUCUCUCAUCUCGGAACUCGACGACACAGAAGAGAGGCAAUGGAAAUCGAGGCUGAGACUGUCGUCCCUGCGGCCGAGUCGGCUUCCAAGCCGCGCAAGCGGAAUCCUACCGGCUCUGAGGCUCCGGCAGAUGGGUCGGCAGCCCGACGCGCCAAACGGGGAAAAUACACGUCCAUGGCAUGGAGCCAGCAUCUGCAGGGCCUUACUCAAGAGCUGUAUCAACUUCGACAGCAGGUUGCCGACCUUGUGGGUGUCGUGAGAGAGCUCAAGGACCAGCCUCAAGAGGCACAUACUGUGUCGUCGCAUUCUCGUGAGACCGUUCAUAUUCAGUCGCCUCUCAGCACUUAUCGUGGCGAUGUACCCAAGCAACCUCAGUUUGUCGGACCUACACGGUCUGCCUUUGGUAUUCUCGUUGGUGAACGGUCUUUAAACCGUAUGGGUAUACCAACCUAUGAGUCAUUUCCUCCAAGCGGUGCACAAUCCCCCAUAGAAUCAACAGCUGCCGCCAAGAUAAUCACCGACCUGGGUUAUUGGGAUCAAUGCACUGCUGGCGAGAUCAGCAGGUUUCUCAUCGUCUUCCAAGAGGAAGUCGAGUCAGUCCAUCCUAUCAUCGACAUUAGCGAGUACGUGGUUCGGUCACAGGAGAUUCUUGACGCUAUUCGCAGCGGAAAUGCUCCCGAGUAUACCGCCCCGAAAGGAGAGACGCCGAUGAAGGGUUUGUCCAAGAAGGACAUUGAUAUUGUUAAGAUUGCCGUCGCUACUGGCAUGGUGCUUGAGGAGCAUGAAAAGACUGACCUGAGCGCUGCCAUCAUCGAUUCUGUCGAGGGGACCAGCAUCUACCACUUCCAUUGCGACGAGGAGCUGAUCUCUUGGCGCCUCGUUGGCAUUGCUGCGCGUGAAGCCAUAGAGAUGGGCCUUCACCGAAAACGAAGCCUUCUUGAUAACUUCAAGGACCCUGACUGUCGUCGUCUUGCUACCCGUGUCUUUUGGUGCGUCUACGUGCUUGAUCGGCGAUGGAGCUUUGGCAACAGCUUGUCUUUUGCACUUGUGGAUAAGGAUAUCGAUCCUGAGCUUCCUAAGCCUGAUGAUGAGUAUUCAUAUCUCAGGUGCAUGGUUGGCUAUUCCGAGCUCUGCUCCAAACUCUGGGAUGCCAUUCCACCCUUUGGAUCUGCUUCACAGACUAUUCCCGAUGACACUGCAACAGCCCUUGAUCAAUGCGCCCAGGACUGGCUGGAGACUAUUCCUCCUCAUCUCCAGCUGCGGCAUCCUCGUCUUGGCCUGGCACCACGCUCACAACCCCAAGUGCUGCAUCGGCUUCGCGCCUUGUUGUAUCUCCGUGGGAACUACGUGAGGAUCUUGAUCUAUCGGCAUCACCUGAUGAGCGCCGCAAGCAUCGCAGCUAGCCCUCGGAUCGCGUGGCUGGUUGCCGACAUCGCCCAGGACUCUAUACAGGUCCUUGUCCACCUUCAUAGUACGUCAGAUAUCUACUCGCGGCAACAGAACGCUUUCAACAAUUUCCUGCUCAGUGCCUUGGCGGUACUAUUCCUUGCUGUCUGUCACGCCCCCGAGACAUUUGCUGGCCCUUGCCGAAAGACCUUCCUUGACGGAGCGGAUCUAGUAAGAGGACUCUCUCGACACAGCAUCAUCAGCCGCAGACUGUGGAAAUCUAUCCGUGGUCUGAUACCACGCAUGAGAAAACUAGCAAAACCUCACUUGGCAGAAGACCAAACUAGCGAGUCGCAAGCAGGAGACAAGGAGCUCGAGGCUCAGGACGUCAACAGUGAGGAGUUCCAGGAGCAUGUCCACUUGCCGGUCCACGAUCAUGUUGACUUCCCUUUGGGAGAGAUGAUGCUUCCUGAUACCGAUAUCAACCACUCUGUCCCAGAUAUGUACCAGAUGCGGGACGAUCUAUUGAGUCUUUUUGACGCGCUCGGACAGGGGCAGCCGAUUUUUCAACCCAUACCGGGCCAGUAUACUGAGGGACAGGAGAUCACGAUUGCAGAGGAAGAAGGCGAAGAGAUAUCACGAAGGUUUCAAGGAUUGAUAUGAGCUGAUCUGAUUGUAUUGGUUGUAUCUCUCGUGCGUUGUCAUGACUCAUUAAUAUGUAUCAUCAGCCUUCCUAC